AUGUCGCGAUCGGACGAGGACGGGUGGGAGUACGAGUACGACCAGAGUAAGACAGAGGACUUCUACAUCACGCUUGAUCUGUCCAAUCUUCCAGACAGAGAAGGUGCUCCCGCGCCUUAUUCUCGAGGCGCGGGCGGGCGCCGCCCAGUCAUCCUGCACAACCGGUUGAGAGAGGUCAAGGGUAGGAAAGGGAAUUCGAAACCUGUGACCCAAGUUCCAGAUCACCAAGAUACCGAAAACGUCGGCCAGAUGCAGAUCACUGGUCUUCACACCCUCAAUCCACUCGUCACGUACAACGGCCAGCUCCUUAGUUGUAAAUGGGCGUCAACCAUCGGAACUGACAUGUUAUUCGUUAAACGAGGUGCGGAUACAACAUUUCCAGAGAACCCUCUUCGCUCACUGCAUUCGGUCGACCUUCUUGCCAUUAGCUCUACGCGACUGAUGGCUACGACUGCCCGACUGCGACCGCGUGACGAGUUAUUCGAUCCUGGUGAAGGCGACGAAGGCACGACCGUUGAUGCAAUGGAUUUGUCUGUAGAUACUGUACCAACUGAGCAGAGGCGGCCAACCCCCUCAGAAUUUUUGACAAAGUUCAAUCAAGUAAAGGCGAGAAGAGGUGAGUCGAGGCUGGUGGUUUCCAGAACAUGUCAAGGCUCUCGGCUCGUCGUUGAUAGAGAGGGAGUGGUGUCUGCAACUCUCGAUGGAGCUGCAUCCCAAUCAAACGAAGAUAUUGUGAUGGAGGACUUGAUGGACCAGGAGCCCGAGCAGACAGCGAAGCCAUCUCAAGUAUCAGUCCAUGUCACCAAGUCUAUCAGCGAGAUGCCUGUCGGGGCUCUUGAUUCUAGCAUGGCCAACCACCUGAAUAUUGCGGAGGAGUCUGAGUCGAGCGGCCCGAGAGGAUCAGGUUUCCAGUAG